AUGGCUUCAGCAGGAGCAUCUGCAGUGUUAGGAGCGGAUGUGACCUUGAACCCUGGUGCCUCCACGACUCCUUUCAUCACAUUGCCCCUUCCCCCAUCCACUACUGGCCCUGCACAUCAGCCACUUUGGGAACAGCAUGUGCCACCCCUCAUGACCCCAUCAUUCCCUCCUGGCCAACCCCUGGUGCUGCUGGCUUUGCCCAGGACACCUCUCGUGGCAGAGGAUGCUGCUCAUGGUUCUAUUGGGACUGGGGCUUGCAACAUUGUUGUACAGGUCAGGUCAGAAGCAGGACAACCACAGCCCUCCCAGACUCAGACCAUUGUCCUGACACAGGCCCCCCUCAAUGGCAGUGCCCCAGGGGCCCCCUGUGGGGGUGCUGUGUGUCCUGCACCCUUAUUCUUGCAAGCCUCUUCAGUAGAGACUAUUGUGCCUGCCUCAGCUAUGGGGGGCACCCAAGCCCAUGAGAGGGGCUGGUUUCCUGACCUUUCUCCCCAAGCUCCACAACCAGCUGCCCAACUGGCCCCCAUCAUACCCCCAGUGAACCUUGGGCCACAGCCACAUGGGGUUUCCGGUGAGAAUAGCCUGGCCACCACCCAGUCCAAUGCCUCGCCAGAUGACUCCUGUAACCCCAACAGUGUGUACAAAAACUUCCGACGCUGGCAGAGCUUCAAGGCCCUGGCCCGGAGGCACCUUCCCCAGAGUCCUGAUACAGAAGCUCUUUCCUGCUUUCUCAUCCCAGUGCUCCGGUCUCUGUCCCGCCUGAGGCCCACCAUGACAUUGGAGGAGGGAAUGUGGCGGGCCAUGCAGGAAUGGCAGCACAAAAGCAACUAUGACCGGAUGAUCUAUUAUGAGAUGGCAGAAAAGUUCAUGGAAUUUGAAGCAGAGGAUGAGAUGCAGAUUCAGAAGUUGCAGUUGAUGAAGGGGGCACAGGGCCCACCUCCUCCAGUUCCACCAAGACCUGAUCCCCAGGGGCCCCCAGCCCCAGUGGUGGACCCACAGGCAGCACCUGUUCUCAGGAAAACCAUACCCAGGGCCCAGCAAGCCCACAGACACCAGAGGACCCUGGAGACUGAGACACCAAAUGAGAUUCCUCCUGAGGCAGUGAAAGAGUACAUGGACAUCAUGGACGAGCUGCUAGGGUCUGCCCACUCUGCCACAGGACAGCCAGGUGAAGAAUGCAAAGAGGAUGGAAAGGAGUUGCAGCAGAAAGAGGAUGAGAACUACCCAGACCUUGGUCUCCUGAGCUACAUUGAGGAGCUUUGCUCCCAGGAAGACUUCGUCACCAAGGUGGAGGGAGUCAUUCACCCCCAGUUCAUGGAACAAUUGAUUUUCCCAAAAGUACAGCUGGAUCUCUUGGGCCUAACUGAAGAGUUGGAACAGGAAGAAGGACUCACUCCUGCCCAGCUGGUAGAGAAGCGACUCCUGGCCUUGAAGGGAGAGGAGGGUGUGCAGCUACCCCCAAGUCACCAUGCACCACUGUUGGACUCAGGUCCCUCUGAGUCUGUGGUUGGCCAAGAUGCCCAGAGAUGUGACCGCCCCCAGCUGGGGGUCAGUGACAAAGCCUGCCCACCAGAGACGAACUUCAAGGAUCAUCAAAGGCACGGUCAAACAGAAGCCCAUCUGUCCAGGCCCAAAGCCUUUGCUGUUUCUUCAGGACAUCAGGAGUACCCAGCACUCCAGGCUCACCCCUCUCCUCCCCAGGGUCAUGGGCAUACUUACUCUGGCCUGGGACCCAGGGAUGCAUUCAUUCCCAGGGAGGCCUCUCCUGUUAGGGAUACACAUAGGCCAAUGGACAGGUCCAGAGAAAAUGAGGAGGACCUCCCCAGCCUGGCCUUCCUCUGGACCUCUCCUGAAAGCCUACUACCCUCUGGUCUCUCUCUGAGUCCUGUUCCUUCCUCAGGCCUUGCCUGCCCUGGAGGUUGGGGACCCCGGGGACCUGCCCAGUCCCAGUUCUUUCAGACACUAGGCCUCAGCCGAGUUCCCCCUGCAGCUUCCAAGUCUGGAAAUGCUCUAGGUGAGGACCCAGCCCAUGCUAAAAAGAUCCCUAUUCCAGGAUCCAACCUCAGUGUCUCUGGGAAGCCAGUAUUGGCUCUGGAGAUGGUUUGCUCCUCACAGCCUCAAAAGAGAAAGCAUGGCCAGUCUGUCACAGAGAGGAGUAGUAAGCGGCAUUACACUGAGUAG